AUGGUUCAAUUCGAUUGUGAGAUCUUGAACUCGGUCUGCAGUAGUGAUCAACAAUGUAGCGAGAAUAUGAAAGAGAUAUUCAAGUGCAAGAACUGCGAGUCGUCCAUCCAUGAGAAGCAUAAAUGCCACAGUUUGCAAGAGUCCAUCCUCAUAUAUGUAAACGCGCAGCUUUCCAAAUCUAAAGGAGUUCGAGCACUCGACUGCUUCUGCAACAUCAAAGACACAACAUCAGGCUGUCGACUUAAGCAAAAGUUGAAGAACAACUUCUAUGAUUGCCACUUAUUAUCUACACCAGAUGAUACUCAAUGUCAGCAGUUGUAUUCCACGUGCUCCGAGAAUGCGUUCAACUCUAUUUGUGGGCAGUCCUUGUUGAAGCUGGCUACUAAUUGCUCAGUUCCGAAGAAUGGCGAGUGCGACAAGAAUAACUGCAUUCAGUCCAUCGGUGACUUGAUUUUCAACGAUUUCGACCCCAAGCAAGCAGCACUGUUCUUCAAAUGCUGUGAGUACGAGCACAAAUGCAGCGGCUUACCCUGGACGAUUUACUCUCCGAAAGCUUGCCUGGACCGAUCGCCUCUCUAUUCAUGCACUUAUUCGUAUUACAGCUGUAUUGAAGAUCCAGAAUGCGCGAAAGACAUCCAGACUAUCGAGGACAAAUGCCACGAAGAUUUUCUACACCAUAAUAAAACAACCUGUGAUAGAGAUUGGCAUAAUCCUGCAACGAAAGACGUGGAAGAAUGCUUAUUAGCAACACAGCGGUUGGAGCAUUAUUUCUGCAGCUGUGAGCUCAACGAAACCCUUCCGUACGAAGAAGGAAUAGCUGAGCUAGACGAGUGCUUGAAAUAUCGUCGACUAUUCACCGUGCAACCCUGUUUUGAGCAAAUAAUCGAUCUACCAGAGGAAAAAGGCAGACAUAUCGAGGAUAUCCAGCCGGUGUCUUGGAUAAUUUUCUACUCUUUACUGGGUAUUUCGUGCUGUAUCAUCAUUCUCUGUUGCUUUGCUAAGCCACCUCUUCGAUCUCGUAGGUCCAGCUUCCGAAGAAGCCGACUGCAAGUGCCAGAACAUAUCGCAAUGAGAUCAAACUCUCGCAACUCUUCUUUGUCCCUUUUUCCACCCCGAAACGAAUCCUCUGAUUCCUUCUCGUCCCGUCUCACCCCGCGCUACGAAACAAUAAGCAUUUGGGAGCGUCUGAUGAUCAUCACAAAAUCUUACUUCCCGAAGAAAUUUCGAAAAAUCGCGAAGCUUUUUGGCAUCCAUGAGGAGCAUCUUGAGUUUUUUUACGAAAAUCGAAAACGCUUCACCUGGAACAUCAAAGAAAAGCCGAAAGUGCACUAUACCGAGCAACAUUGCAAAUACUCCGCGGAAUUCGAGGGACACUCUCUCGAUGAUCACAUGAUCGAGGCUCAUAAUUACAGAGAUAUUCAAUGUAAAGAACCUAACUGUUCUUACCUGGCUUAUUCACCCAAAUCCAUUGCCCAGCACAAAUCGCGUUUCCACGGAACUGGCAGUAGAAAUUCCAAUCUUCGAUUCGACUUCAAAUGCCGUUACUCCAACUGUAACUUCUCCGCGAAAUGCGUUUUCCUCCUCGACUCGCACUACAAGAUCCACGAAAACCGACUCGUCGCAUGCAUUUGCUGCCAGUUCCGAACAUCGGAUCCGAAAUCAAUGAAAAAUCACAUGAUGAGCCAUUUCAAUCUUCAAUCGCUCGAGUGUGAAAUUUGCAAGCGGAAAUUCAACACGCCCAGCGCGAUUCGAACGCACGAGCGGUACAGACACGCUGAAAUGCAGAAAUGUGAAGAUUGCGGCGCCACUUUCAAAACUUCCGGCUCUUUUCGUAAACACAGUAACGGCGGGAAUAAUGCCUUCGUCCUGCUGAGUUUGGAUCGCGACGCCACUCGCCAUGGAGAUAUAGUCUCUUCUCGCGAUCCUCAAAGUCCCCAGGAGAAUGUCUGCAAACGCGUCAUUGCGCUCGGCGGCGACAGAAUCAGAGACAGGAAGAAUCAGCGCGAGAUCGAGAUUCCAGAAGGCUUCUGCUGGCUGGAAGGCGAUAACGAAGCUUGCUCGAUUGAUUCGAACGAGUUUGGACCAGACCACUGGUCAACUCGUACAAACAGAUAUCAGAAUGAGCAGAAAGAAAAGGCAAAGAAGAGAAAGCAUUCCGUCAAGGCAGAUGAGGCAUUGAAUACAGUAACGCUAGAGACGGCAAAUUAUUUGUCAAAACUGCCGGCAGCGCAGCAAACCAAAGAAGGAAUAGUCGAAUUUGUCCAGAAGCUUAAGGCAGAUGAUGAUGGUGCUAAAUUGCUCCCAAAUGAGCUCAUGCAAAUUGUUAAUUUACGCCCUCAACAGCCGGUAGAGCUGUAUUUGCUGAUUGAAGACAUAGAGGGAAGAAUCAGUGAAGAGAACGUGGAUAAACUUCAAGAGCUCGUUCAACAAUAG